AUGUCAACAAUGUUAACACCAACAUUGGGAAUUCUGGAAAGGCAAUACGAAAAAGUUGAUGAUCGACAUCGAAAAUACUGCGGUGGCGUCAUGUGGGGUACGCCGAAAUUUGCCAAUAUUCCAGGUUACAUUUUAUGGAAACA